AUGUAACAAUAGUUUAGAUAGCAAAAAGAAUAUGAGAAAGAUUUAUGCAAAAUUAUAUAAAUGAUCUAUUUCUAUGAAGAAAAACUAGAAAAGAUCAGAAUAAGCUUAUCAGAAUCAGCCCGUUUCAAUAUAGUUUUCCUCUUCUUUAAGAUAUCACGCAUGAAAAACCACAUAACUAAGAAUGAUUUAAGAUCCUUUUUUGCGAUCAAUCAUUAACCAGUUAUUGAAAAAGAAUGCGAUUUUUUGGUAUUCAACUAUAGUUCAGACUAAUCCAAUUUCCUUAUUUUUGAUGAUUUUUUAAAGUUGUUCACACCAAGGACAAACAAAGAAUUAAUACAAAGGCUUUAAGAUUAGUAUUAUUCAUAUGCACAAGGAACUAUGGUUUUGCCCUAGUAUGAAAUAAAUUAAGCAAAUAUUCCCUUUUUUAUAGAAGAUAUUUCAGUGAAAUUGCUCAAUUUAGAAUUAAAGUUUUUCAGAGAAUUAGAAGCUUAAAAAAUGUACUUUACAAAUAAAUAUGGGACUAAUAUUCUCUCAGCCUUUUAAAACAUAAGUGAAAGAGGUCACAGUUUUGACAUAAUUCAUAAACUCUUUUAGAGAUGCGGAUAUACCUUUACAAUGGAUAAUUUCCACUACUUGAUGAAUAGAAUAGAUAGAGAUGGUAAUGGAUUAAUUUCUAAGGAUGAAUUUUUAGAUGAAAAAUUUAUUCUCCCUUCUUACAAAUUUGCUACUUAUUCAACAAUGAUGUCUACUUAAAAACUAAAUAAUCCUUUUCAGUAGACAUAUCAAAAUUAAGAUUAUAGAAUUCCUACAUCUGGAACUUUUAAAAUAGCAGAUAAUAGUGAUUAAAAAGGCUAAUUUUCAUUCAUCUAAAGAUCAGUUUAAAGAGAAGAUGGAAACUAAGUAUUAAAUGGGUAUUACUAAGUUCCUCUGUAAAAUAAUUAGAACGGAGUAUAUAUAGUCAACAAUUAACAACAGCUUUAUAACUAAGCAAAAAAUCAAAUGGAAUACGAUAAUCAGAAUUUACAAUAAUUAGCUUAAAAGGAAUUUAUAUAAUAAAGAAUGCUCAAUUAUUAAUAAUAACAAGAAUAAUAAUAAAUAAAUUAAGAAAAAAGUUCAUCCCUUUCUUAAAAAAACCAAUAAUAACUUCAAAAUAUGACUACAGAUACAUAAGGCAGAUAAUAAAAACAAUCAAAUUCUACAUAAUAAAAUCCAGACAUGCAAAGUAGAUAACAAAAUUCAUAAAAUUAAAUUUUCUAAGAUUCUUAGAACAUAGCAAAUCAUCAAAACUAUGUAAAUGAUCCUAAUUCGCCUAUCAAUUUUGCUAUAAACGAUUCAUUAGAUCAUGUUAAUUAAAUUUAUGUAAACUCUCACUCCUAAUCUAACUUAGCAGUAUUGUCAUAAAAAAAAAUAUGA